GAGCGCGCGUUUGGCGCCCUGGCCCCGGGAAGGGUUGGAGGGGCCUUUCGGUGGCGUCGGCGUCGUCGCCGGGAGCGGCGGCCUAGACAGGACACCCUGAUGGGCGCCCAGACCGACCGGCUGCUUGGAGCGCUGCCUCGAAAGGACUGCGCGAGGAGGGCGAAUCCCGGGCGCUGCGGCCAGGGCCUGGGAACAUGGCGACGUGCAUCGGGGAGAAGAUCGAGGAUUUUAAGGUUGGCAGUCUUCUUGGGAAAGGAUCUUUCGCUGGUGUCUACAGAGCUGAAUCCAUUCACACUGGGUUGGAAGUUGCAAUCAAAAUGAUAGAUAAGAAAGCCAUGUACAAAGCUGGAAUGGUACAACGAGUCCAAAAUGAGGUGAAAAUACAUUGCCAGUUAAAACAUCCUUCUAUCUUAGAGCUUUAUAACUAUUUUGAAGAUAACAAUUAUGUAUAUCUGGUAUUAGAAAUGUGUCAUAAUGGAGAAAUGAAUAGAUUUCUAAAGAACAGAAUGAAACCUUUCUCAGAAAGUGAAGCUCGACACUUCAUGCACCAGAUUAUCACAGGAAUGUUAUAUCUUCAUUCUCAUGGUAUAUUACACCGGGAUCUCACGCUUUCCAACCUCUUACUUACUCGUAAUAUGAACAUAAAGAUAGCUGACUUUGGACUAGCAACUCAAUUGAAAAUGCCGCAUGAGAAGCACUAUACGCUGUGUGGAACUCCUAAUUACAUUUCGCCAGAAAUUGCAACUCGAAGUGCACAUGGACUUGAAUCUGAUAUUUGGUCAUUGGGUUGUAUGUUUUACACAUUACUUAUUGGAAGACCACCUUUUGACACAGAUACAGUCAAGAACACCUUGAAUAAGGUAGUGUUGGCAGAUUAUGAAAUGCCAGCUUUUUUGUCAAGAGAAGCUCAGGACCUUAUUCAUCAGUUACUUCGUAGAAAUCCAGCAGAUCGUUUAAGUUUGUCUUCAGUGUUAGACCAUCCUUUUAUGUCCCGAAAUUAUUCAGCAAAAAGUAAAGAUCUAGGAACUGUGGAAGACUCGAUUGAUAGUGGACAUGCUACAAUUUCUACUGCAGUUACAGCUUCUUCCAGUACCAGUAUGGGUGGUAGUCUGUUUGACAGACGGAGACUUUUAACUGGACAACCACUCCCAAAUAAAAUUACUGUAUUUCCAAAAAAUAAAAGUUCAAGUGACUUUUCUUUAGGAGAUGGAUGCAGUUUUUAUACUCAGUGGGGAAAUCAAGAGCACAAAACUAGUAAUAGUGGAAGAGGAAGAGUAAUUGUAGAUGCAGGGGAAAGGCCACAUUCUCGGUACCUUCGCAGAGCUCAUUCCUCCGAAAGGUCUAGCACUUCUAGUCCGUCUCAAGCAAAAACAUGCACAGUGGAACGGUGUCACUCUGUGGAAAUGCUUUCAAAGCCCAGAAGAUCACUGGAUGAAAAAGAAGGGCAGUGCUCAGCCACAAACAGCAAUGUCAGUGUUUUUCCCUUCUUUAAAGACAAGGCAUCCAGUAGUUCUGGAUCUUUUGAAAGACCUGAUAAUGAUCAAGCAGUCUCCAAUCAUCAUUGUCUAGGAAAAACUCCUUUUCCAUUUUCAGACCAGACACCUCAUAUAGAAAUGGUACAGCAGUGGUUUGGGAAUCUGCAACUGGAUGCUCAUUUCAGAGAAACUGCUGAGCACAACAUGUUUGGUUCAAACCAUGAUGUCCAAGCCCCCCCAGAUUUGCAGGGCACACCAAGAAAAGCAUGGAAUGAUACAAGAGCCAGCAAGCACUGUGACGCUCCUGAUGAUGCACACACUGUACAGCAGCUGGGUCCCAUGCAGUACAUGACAGGACUUCACAGUCAACCUGAAAUCAUUCACCAAGAACCUGGUUUUGGUUUAGAUCCUGUCUCUGAACAAAACAAAAGGAGUGUGGAGUCAUCAGUGGGUUAUCAAAAACAUACCUUACGAAGCAUUAUGUCUCCUUUGACUGCUCACAGACUAAAACCAAUCAGACAGAAAACCAGAAAGGCUGUGGUGAGCAUCCUUGAUUCAGAGGAAGUGUGUGUGGAGCUUCUCAAAGAGCAUAUGUCUGAAUAUGUGAAAGAAGUUCUUCAAAUAUCCAGCGAUGGGAAUAUGGUUACUGUUUAUUAUCCAAAUGAUGGAAGAGGUUUUCCUCUUGCUGAUAAACCACCCUCUCCUACUGACAACAUCAGUAGGUAUAGCUUUGACAGUUUACCAGAAAAAUACUGGCGAAAAUAUCAAUAUGCUUCCAGAUUUAUACAGCUUGUAAGAUCUAAAUCUCCCAAAAUCACUUAUUUUACAAGAUACGCUAAAUGUGUUUUGAUGGAGAAUUCUCCUGAUGCUGACUUUGAGGUUUGGUUUUAUGAUGGAGUAAAAAUACACAAAACAGAAGAUUUAAUUCAUGUGAUUGAAAAGACUGGAAAAUCUUACACUUUAAAAAAUGAACCAGAGGUUACCAGCUUGAAAGAGGAAAUGAAAUUCUAUAUGGACCAUGCAAAUGAGGGUCAUCGUAUUUGUUUAGCACUGGAAUCUAUAAUCUCAGAAGAGGAAAAAAGAAGUAGGAGUGCUUCCUUUUUCCCAAUGAUUGUAGGGAGAAAACCUGGUCAUGCUGGUUCGCCUAAAGCUCAAUCACUUCUGCCUUCUUUGGAUCCUGGCUGUUCCAGGACAGAGGGUCCAUCUUCACAUAAGGUCAUCACAGAUAGCGCCACUGUUCCAACACAGGCAUCAGCACCUAAUCCUUCUGUCAUUACAACUGAUGGGCCUGGCCAUACAGCUUCAGGAACAAGUGUAUAUUCUGGUCUAAAAGAUUGUCUUCCUAAAUCAGCACAACUUUUAAAAUCUGUUUUUGUGAAAAAUGUUGGUUGGGCUACACAGUUAACUAGUGGAGCCGUGUGGGUUCAGUUUAAUGAUGGUUCACAGUUGGUUGUACAAGCAGGAGUAUCUUCUAUCAGUUAUAUAUCACCAAAUGGUCAAACAACAAGACUUUAUUAUAAUAGAGAUGGAAAAGGGAAAAAGAGAAAGUGAUGAGCAUGAGAAGAGAAUGGGGGGCACACACCAGGUAUGGAGAAAAUGAAAAAUUACCAGACUACAUCAAACAGAAAUUACAGUGUCUGUCUUCUAUCCUUUUGAUGUUCUCUAGCUCAAGUCCUAGCCUUCUUUGAUUAAUAUUGUUUUGGUAUAUCUACCUUUAAUAAAUAAUGUUUGGUUGGCUUUCAAGUAAAGUGAUUUUUUAUUUAGAAAGUUUAACCUCAGAAAGCCGUUUUAUUAAACAGAACUUUGUACCAUACAUAUAAGCUGGGAGAACACAGAAUGAAAUUUUAGUUGCUCACCAAGUAUUAAUGGUCAUGAAGUAAAAAUAGGACACCAAAUUGUGUUUUGAGAACAUAAUAUUCCAAGACUUAAUGUGUUCAUAUAUUUGUACUGAACAAUAUUUUUAAAGCAGGAAUUGUGGUGUAUGGCAUAGUUGUGCCUUUGUUUCUUUUCCUUCUUGUCAGGCGUGUUGAGAAUCAUGGAUAAAACAUGUUUGGGAAAUCUGAAUAUGUAAAUAAUGUGUAUAUAUAUAUGACUAACAUGUAAACAUGUACAUUUGUUUUAUAUUUAUUUUUAUAGUGCCUGUGGCUGUUGAAACGUUUGUACAAAUGUAUUAAUGUAUUUUAUAAAAAAUAAUAAAUACAGUGCUAAGUUGCUUUAUCUUUUGAUUUACUUGA